AUGGUCAACUUCGGCGACGAGUUCCAGCUCAGCCGCUGGUUCAACGCCAGCAACGGCCCCAGCAGCGCCCACGCCACGGACACGGAGGACGGCGACGCCGCCGGGUCGGCGGACGACGCCGUGGCGCCGUCCUCCAGCGCGAGCCUGUCCGAGUGCUUCAUCUGCCACAUGCCCAACCCGGAGUACAUGUCCACGAACACGGUCAAGAAGGCGCCGCCCGUGCCCGUGUGCUCCGUGGGCUGCGAGGCCAAGUACCUGGAGAUGAAGGGCAUGCGCCCGUCGGGCGACGCGCGGAACGCGGACCCGAACCGCUGCUUCAUGUGCCAGGCGCCCGACCCGGAGUACUCGAUCAGCAAGCGCGGGACCGUGGUCCCCGUGUGCAGCAAGGAGUGCGAGGACGCCUUCCUCCGUCGCAAGAAGCAGAAGCUCAACUCGGACGACGCCGGCGCCUCCGCCGCGGGGAAGCGGGCCAAGGGCGACGACGCGGAGCCCGCCAAGCGCCAGCGACGCACGCUCAACUUCCUGGGCGAUCAGCUGCUCGACAGCUCGGACGGCAAGGGCUACAAGAGCUGGUGGCUGGGGGCGCUCACCUUCUACGACUUUGUGUAUCAGCGCCAUGGCAUGUGGCACAGCUACUCGAUCAGCAACGACGUGCCGCGUGUCGACCCCUGCCUGAUUAAAUUUGCAACUUGCAACAUCUACCGCGAGCUGGACCGCAGCACUGCGUAUUGCAACCAACUCGAGACUUUUCACAAACUCAAGGGAAUUCCCAGCUCCGACGACUUCCCAUACUUCAAGAAGCGUCUGCUUGCGAUGGCAAAGCGUACCGAUGACAGCAACCUUCUGGCGGGUGAUCGCGAGCUCACGGUGGCUUCGUAUGUGGAGACGCUGGAGAAGUUUUUGCAAAACAUUGAUGAUAUCACAGUGGCCUUGAAGGAGUGCACUAAGACCAAGCAGAUCUUCGACACUCUCUGCAACUUCCAGGACAACGUGCUUGGAUCAUUUACGUGCUGGCAGGUGGUCUGCGAUCUGAUGGAGCUGCAUAUGCUCUCCGAGGACUUCACCACGGACGACUAUGUGUGGCUUAGCCUUGACGCGAGGAAGAGCCUGGUGCAGAUCUUCGGCAAGAACCGUGCACGCCCCUCGGAGUACGUGGCACUCGCGCAGCUACUGCAGCAGCGCCAGCUCCAAGGUUUUAAGGCUCUGCAGGUGGAUUUCCCGUUCUUUAUGAACCAGAAGCUGGACUUGAAGAACAUUGGCCACGCGCUGCACGGCUUUCAGGUGUAUCGCAACAUGAAGCUAAUGGAGAAUAAGCAGAUUCACAAGCAGGAGUCUGGCACCUCGCAGCCGGCGGUGUACAACUCGCGCACGUACAUGAUGGACUCGGAGAACUGCGAGAUCUGUUCCCGCCCGGAAAACGAGGACGAGUUGGUGCUGUGCGAUAUGUGCCAGCGCAUGUUCCACAAGUACUGCAUCAACAUGAAGGAGCUGCCCCCGGCGUCGUGGGUGUGCACUGCGUGCAAGACACUUCAGAACUAUCCUCAGGAGGGUCUGGUUGUGGAGCAGGAAGUCAUUUCAAUCGAUUAA